ACCCCCCUUCCCCUCUCCCUCACGAAGGCGCGCCUCGCUCGUCUUCCCCACUGGCACGGCCACACUCCGCUCGAGCUCGGCGGCAUCCAUGGCGAUGCGGCUCCUGUCCCCAUCCACGCCUCCUCCUCUCUUCCCGAACCCUGGCCCGAAGCCACCAGCCUCCGCCGCCGCCGCGUCGUCGUACUUCUCCCUCCGCCUCCGCCGGGCGCGGGCGGCUGCAGCGGCUGGCGUGGUCGCGGCGGGGGUGCCCGAGCGCGACGGCGGACGCUUCGAGGGGGAGGCGAUGGGCGGGGCGUUCGACAGGGGCCUUGCGGAGAUCGCGAGGAAGGUUCCGCUCUUUGAGCCGGCAACGGACGGGGAGCUCGCCGCCGCGGCAGGCGAGCGGCCGCUGCCCAUCAACCUCGAGCUCUGGCUCUACCGCGCCAAGGUUCACACAAGGAAGUUCGAGUUCCCUGAAGCAGAGAAGCUCCUCGACAAGUGCAUCUCAUUCUGGCCUGAAGACGGACGUCCGUAUGUGGCACUCGGGAAGCUAUACAGCAAGCAGUCGAGGUUUGACAAAGCUAGAGCGGUUUAUGAAAGGGGCUGUCAAGCGACACAAGGCGAAAACCCAUACAUUUGGCAGUGCUGGGCAGUCCUAGAAAGCAAGGGUGGAAAUAUUCGAAGGGCACGAGAGCUGUUUGAUGCUGCUACUGUGGCUGAUGCAAAGCACAUUGCAGCUUGGCAUGGGUGGGCAAUUUUAGAAAUAAAACAAGGAAACAUAAAGAAGGCGCGGAACCUACUUGGGAAAGCUCUAAAAUAUUGUGGAGGAAAUGAGUACAUUUACCAAACUCUUGCUUUGCUUGAAGCUAGAGCAGAGCGCUUUGAACAAGCACGAACUUUGUUCCAACAAGCCACUCGAUCGAAUCCCAAAAGUUGUGCAAGCUGGCUAGCUUGGGCUCAGGUAGAAAUGCGUGCAGGAAAUAAUACCAUGGCCAGGAAGCUCUUCGAGAAAGCUGUCCAGUCCAGUCCUAAGAACCGAUUUUCAUGGCAUAUAUGGGCACUAUUUGAGGCAAACGAAGGUAACAUUGACAGGGCAAGAAAGUUGCUUAAGAUUGGCCAUGCUGUGAACCCUAGGGAUCCUGUAAUUCUCCAGUCACUUGCACUGCUAGAAUACAACUAUUCAUCUGCAAAUGUUGCUCGAGUAUUAUUCAGAAAAGCAUCGCAGAUUGAUCCAAGACAUCAGCCAGUUUGGAUAGCUUGGGGGUGGAUGGAGUGGAAAGAAGGGAACGUGAGAACAGCAAGGACCCUCUAUCAAAGAGCUUUAUCAGUUAAUUCAACAAAUGAGUGCGCUGCUCGUUGUCUUCAGGCUUGGGGAGUCCUAGAACAGCGUGCUGGUAACUACACCGCUGCCAGAAGAUUGUUGAGGUCUUCACUGAGCAUAAAUUCUCAGAGUGAGGUGACAUGGAUGACAUGGGCAGCACUAGAGGAGGAACAGGGGGAUCCAGUUCGAGCUGAAGAAAUUCGGAACCUUUAUUUUCAGCAGCGUACUGAAGUUGUCGACGAUGCCUCCUGGGUUAUGGGCUUCCUCGACAUCAUAGACCCUGCCCUGGACAGCGUGAAGAAGCUCCUAAACCUAGAUCAGCCAUCCGGGCCGGCGCGGCAAGACAUUGUGAAAAGCACAGCAGACCCAAGCAGUCCCACCAUCAGGAGCUCUGCAGCUGGGGAGUAUUCAGAAAGUUCUACAACCGGAGGUUCAGAUACUUCCGUCCUCUCCAGCAACGACGGCAAGGAUAAAGCCGAAGCUGCGGAGACUCCAGAAAGCACUGGUUUUGAUCUGGACGGCUUCAUCAAAAAGAGGCUGUCCCUGGAUCCGGCGGAGCUGGAUGCGGUGCUUGAGGGUUCCGAUCCGAGGGGAGUAGUUUCUCAGAGGAGGAAACGGCGGUUGCCCAGGAAGCCUCUUCCCCUUCUCCCUGUUCCGUAAUUUUUUUUCCACUUCAGCCCAUGCCCAUGCCCACCGUGCAAAGCGUCGACCACUGACAGGUACUGUGACUCGCCAUGCAGUACGAGUCUGUGUAUAUCUCCGAGAGCAGCCCUGCUGCCAUCAGCAGUCACCUGUUAAUUGUUACUCCACUCAGGUGUAUUUUUUUUUUCGAAAGACCGGUACAUUACCGGCAUGUAUUAAUAAGAAGGGUGACUUUUACAUGCGCAAAACACGCAUACAUCCCGGCACGAACAGACCGUUCGACAGGGCCGAAGAGAAGAAACGGAUUACUCGCUAGACUGUGCUGCGACUAUGGCGGAGAGGUGUUUGCCGCCCACCAUGCUCCAUUGCGCGCCGUGCCUCAUCUUGAAUGCUGGAUACCCAGGUGUACGUAAUUCUGUCACACGCUGUUCCUAGAAGCGUUUUAGCUCUGUAAAUAAUGUCUACGCAUUCAUUUACAUAGUUUUUUCCACCGAAUUAUGAAGAGAUACUUUGCCAAUGCCAUUAUUUUU